CCCGCGACAAUCUGCCGCCGCACUUCCGGGGCUGCCACUUUCACUUUCUCUUCCGCCGAGGCUGCUCUGGCCUUCCUCCCGACUGGCCGCUCGGGAGAGGAGGGAGUGGGCUGAAAUCUCGGCCGCCGGGGGCGCUCCCAGCCCAGAGAAGUGGGUCCCGCCCCGGGGACUGUGCGGCGUCGCCCCUUGCCCUCUCCACCAGGCCUGUCCCAUUUCCUCUGUUGCCCUUUGCGGGUUUGCGUCGGUGUCCCCAGCCCUUACACGUCCGACGCGGGGGUCCAGCCCGUUGCCUAUCCCAGGCCCCAUUCUCAGUCCCCGGGUGAUGUUACCCGACUGCUGCCGGGAACACCGGAGCACAAAGAGGGCUCGGGCGGCGCGAGAGGAGACCGGCCGGGGCUGAGUCGCUCCAGGUCGCCUAUCCUCUGCCAGGGGACCACCCGUAGGUAGCAUUUCCCCGGAGCUGCCGCCCCCGCCUGGGGGGAUGGGCACAGCCACGCCGGAUGGACGAGAAGACCAAGAAAGCCGAAGAGAUGGCCUUGAGACUCACCCGAGCAGUAGCAGGCGGGGAUGAACAGGUGGCUACGCAGUGUGCCAUCUGGCUGGCACAGCAACGGGUACCCCUGAGUGUGCAAGUGAAGCCUCAUGUCUCCUUGACACAGGACAUCAGGCUCUGGGUGAGUGUGGAGGAUGCUCAUAUGCAUACUGUCACCAUCUGGCUCACGGUGCGCCCUGACAUGACGGUGGCUUCCCUCAAGGAUAUGGUAUUCUUGGACUAUGGCUUCCCGCCAACCCUGCAGCAGUGGGUGAUUGGUCAGCGGUUAGCACGGGACCAGGAGACCUUGCACUCCCAUGGGGUGAGGCGCAAUGGGGACAGUGCCUACCUCUAUCUGCUCUCAGCCCGCAACACCUCACUCAACCCUCAGGAGCUGCAGCGGGAGCGGCAGCUGCGGAUGCUGGAAGAUCUGGGCUUCAAGGAUCUCGCGUUGCAGCCUCGGGGGCCACAGGAGCCCGCAGCCACGAAGCCCGGGGCCCCCCAGCAGCCCGGACGAGGCCAGCCGGACGCCGCUCCCGAACCCCAGCCGGUGGGCUGGCAGUGCCUCGGCUGCACCUUCAUCAACAAGCCCACUCGGCCGGGCUGCGAGAUGUGCUGCCGGGCGCGGCCCGAGGCCUACCAGGUCCCUGCUUCGUACCAGCCCGAUGAGGAGGAGCGCGCGCGCAUGGCCGGCGAGGAGGAGGCGCUGCGCCAGUACCAGCAGCGUCAGCAGCAGCAGCUGGAGGGGAACUACCUGCAGCACGUGCAGCUGGAUCAGAGAAGCCUGGUGCUGAACACCGAGCCCACCGAGUGCCCCGUGUGCUACUCUGUGCUGGCGCCCGGCGAGGCCGUGGUGCUGCGCGAGUGUCUGCACACCUUCUGCAGGGAGUGUCUGCAGGGCACCAUCCGCAACAGCCAGGAGGCGGAGGUCUCCUGCCCCUUCAUUGACAACACCUACUCGUGCUCGGGCAAGCUGCUGGAGAGGGAGAUCCGGGCGCUGCUGACCCCCGAGGACUACCAGCGAUUUCUGGACCUGGGCAUCUCCAUUGCUGAAAACCGCAGUGCUUUCAGCUACCACUGCAAGACCCCGGAUUGCAAAGGGUGGUGCUUCUUUGAGGAUGAUGUCAAUGAGUUUGCCUGCCCUGUGUGUUUCCAUGUCAACUGCCUACUCUGCAAGGCCAUUCACGAGCAGAUGAACUGCAAGGAGUACCAGGACGACUUGGCCCUGCGGGCGCAGAAUGACGCGGCUGCCCAGCAGACAACGGAGAUGCUGAGGUCAAUGCUACAGCAGGGUGAGGCCAUGCACUGCCCACAGUGCCAGAUCGUGGUGCAGAAGAAGGACGGGUGUGACUGGAUCCGCUGCACCGUCUGCCACACCGAGAUCUGCUGGGUCACCAAGGGCCCACGCUGGGGCCCUGCUGGCCCAGGAGACACCAGCGGGGGCUGUCGCUGCCGGGUGAAUGGGAUUCCUUGCCACCCCAGCUGUCAGAACUGCCACUGAGCUGAGGAUGGCCUGGUUGCCAUGCUGACCGUACCCCACAUACCCAUCCUGCUGUGGGACAGGGCUGGUGCUUUGGCUCUGAUUUCUGGCCUGGGAGAUACCUCCCUGCUUGGCUGAGAAUGGGACCCUGCAGAGGCCAAGGCCCCGAGCUGCUUGGAGUCUUGUUUGCUGUGGGUGUUGCAGGGGCCCUGCCUGAGCUGGCUCUUUUCCAUGGCUGUACCUGCCUGGGGCCCUUCCCCUGGGGCUUGCUGGCCAGACCUCUCAGCUCUCUGCAGCUCUCUGCUCUGCCUGGCCCAGCCUUAAACACAGCCCUGGCCAGAGGACUUGCUGGAUGGAGCCCCUGAAAGCCCCUGUGAAACCACACUCCCCUAGCCACCACCCUCAAUGCUGAGCACUCACAGCCUGCCACCUCCCCUGCUUUCUGGGGGUGACUGUCUCUCCCUUUGCUGUGGAAGGCCUGGGGCCUCUUAGAAUUGCUGCUAAUCCUAUUUAGAGCCCGGAGGGAGACUGGCAGCUUCUAAAGUACAGCCCAUCAGGUCCGGCUUCUGUGUCUCCCUCUUUGCUGCCUUUUAAAUUAAUUAAAAUGGUUUUCCAUGAA